AUGCAUCAGUCGUCGACGGAAGAAGAGGCAACAAUGGCACAGGACGGCUGCGAGAGCUCCAGCAAGGCGUCGUCGUCGGCAGGCAGCAGUGCCUGCUCCUCCAUGCCGUUCAGGCUCAACGUGCACGCGCGGGAGUUCGUGCCGGUGCCACCGGCGGCGGCGGCGGCGGCCAGCCCUUCGAUGACGGCGGCCGCCGGCUACUACUCUCCGUUCCUGCAGCUUUCCGGCGGUGGCGGUGGGCUGGGCGCGGACUGGAACUUCUUUGCCGAGCCGGACCCCACGUCGUCCUUCCUGCCGGACUUUGGACAUGGCGAGAUCGCCGGCGCUACUGGCAUCAGUGUAUACCCCAACCCCAAGGGCGCGAGUCCGGCCGACGUCGCACAGAAGAUCAUCAAGCAGGUUGAGUACCAGUUCAGUGACACUAAUUUGGUUGCGAAUGAUUUCUUGACGAAGAUCAUGAACAAGGAUCCUGAGGGCUAUGUUCCUUUAUCUGUCAUCUCAUCCUGGAAGAAGAUCAAGGCUAUGGGGGUAACAAACCAACUGCUGGUUACAGCUCUCCGGACCUCAGAAAAGCUCGUUGUCAGCGAUGACGGCAAGAAAGUGCGACGGGCUCAGCCAUUCACCGAGAGACACAAAGAAGAGCUACAGUGUCGGAUGGUCAUCGCCGAGAAUUUGCCACACGAUUCCACUAGAAACAGCCUCGAGAAGAUCUUCGGCAUCAUUGGCAGUGUGAAAAACAUCAGAAUCUGCCAUCCGCAAGAACCCAGCUCUGCAAGAUCAUCGAAGUCCGACGCAAACACACUAGUCAGUAACAAGCUGCAUGCUCUUAUAGAGUACGAGACCUCACACCAAGCCGACAGAGCAGUGGACAAGUUGAACGACGAAAGAAACUGGAGGAGGGGCCUCCGCGUGCGCCCCGUGCUGCGACGAUCGCCCAAGACGGUAACACGGCUGAAGCGCCCGGACUUGGACCACCUCGCCGCCUCCGACCAGGAGCGCUCUCCGCAGUCGCAGGUCUCGUCGUCCGACUCCCCGACGGCAGCGCACUUUCCUGACCACAUCCAGCAGCAGGAGGAGGAGGACCAGCACCAGCACGUCGGCGCCAAGAAGCCAUGGGGCAGAGGGCGGGGCAGGCCGCCGCAGACGCCGCACUCCUCCGCGCACGCUGCUGGCGCGCCAGGGCAUCUGGACAGCCUCGCGGCGAGCCCCCGGCACGCGGCGCAAGGGCCGAGAAUGCCCGACGGCACGCGCGGGUUCACCAUGGGGCGCGGGAGGCCGGCGCCUGCCGUGGCAUCGGCUGCUGUCGUCCGGGUCGUGUAG